GAAGGCAAGGUAAGAAAGAUAAGAUGCAUUAGACAGACAAGGCAUCCCUUUCUUUUCUUCAAGCGUGAGAAGUUUGAACCCUAAGCAACCUUGCACUUCUCUCUCUCUCUCUCUCUUCUUCUCUUUUUUAAAGGUCCCCAUCUAAUCUUUUAUCUCCGAACAUUCCCUCAACUGACUAAAAACCACUCUCCUCAAAAGCUACCCCUUUUCAUCAUUCUCUCUCUGUUCUCUCUUUUUUGAGUUCUUUUGUCUCUAAUUUUCUUAUCAAGACUCCAAAGGAGGGAACAAAUGUGGCAAAAACAGCCUAAUAAAUCAUCUUCCUUCAGAGAAUCUCUCAAAGCUCUUGAAGCUGAUAUACAACAUGCCAAUAGCCUGGCAGCAGCUCUUCCAGGAGAUUAUGGUGGGGAUCGUGUACAUAUGAGAUUAUCAUAUAGCUCCCUUGCCCCUUUCAUCCUGUUUUUGGUUGAAUGGAUGGACUAUAGUUGCACAGAUGCCCUCCCUAAUUAUUUAGGCCUUCUCCACAUCCUUGUGUACAAGGUUUAUGUUGAUGGAAUGCCAACAUUGUCCUCUAAAGAAAGGAAGGCCACACUAAGGGAAUUUUAUGCUAUUAUAUACCCUUCUCUUAGGCUGCUUGAGGGAGAGUUCAUUGAAUUGGAAGAUAAACCUAGGAGAAGCGGAGGCACUGAAGUUUUGAGCAGACACAGAGUUGAAGAAAAGAGGAAGCAAUCUGAAAAUGAAUUUGAGGGAGAUUAUGAAUGUGGGAUUUGCAUGGAAGAUAGUGCAAAGAUGGUAUUGCCUAACUGUGGGCACUCCUUGUGUAACAGCUGCUUCCACGACUGGAAUGCGAGAUCUCAAUCCUGUCCUUUUUGUCGUGGCAGCCUUAAGAGAGUGAACUCUAGAGAUUUAUGGGUUGUCAUUAAUAAUAGUGAUACAAUUGACACAUUGACCCUUGCAAGAGAGAACCUGAGGCGUUUCUACCUUUACAUUGAGCAACUGCCUCUUUUAAUGCCUGAGACUCAUGCUGUUGUGUUUGAUUACAUGAUCUGACUUGCAGAUAAAGAACGUAAUAAACCAUAGCUAUGGCCAGCUGCACAUUGUAUAUAGAGUAUAUGGUGAGGAAAGCUUCGAUCCCAUCCACUACAGCUGGUUGAGAAGAUACUGGGAGUUAGCUGUAUAUAAUUAACUAACUGGUGGUUACAUUUGGAUGAAAUUCAAACCAGUUGAUUAACAGGUGACUUUGGAAGUUCAUGAAACUGCGAAAAAUUAAGCAAAAGAUUAAGCACCAACAAGUGGCAAGGAUAGAUGUAAAUAAAAAUACUAGAAAGAAAGGUAUGCUUGGCAUUCAACUCAGCUUUUUGGAACCUGGGUGUUGGAAUGGAAGUAGCUAGAAAUUUGCUUGUGUAAUUUGGAUUCUGCUUCCUCAUAGGUUGUAUGAAAAUCUUAUGAAUCAAAUCUAUUUUCCUUUUUUUUU